GUGCUGGAUUAUUGCGAGCACAUUCACGGAAAAUGGCAUUUCAGUGAGGUCCGCGCUAUUUUCUCGAGGCGUUAUCUGCUGCAAAAUCUCGGUCUUGAGAUUUUCUUGGCUUCGAGAAGUGCGGUGAUGUUCGCGUUCAGUGACGCCGGAACUGUGAAGAGAGUGGUUCGAGCUUUGCCACGAGUUGGUGUGGGAAUCAAGUACGGAAUCCCCCAAACCCGUCGUUCGUCACUGAUGACACCUCGUCAACUCUUCCGCGCUUCCAACAUGACGCAGAAGUGGCAGCGCCGAGAAAUCUCCAACUUUGAAUACCUGAUGUUCCUCAACACAAUUGCUGGGCGAACUUACAAUGACUUGAACCAAUAUCCUGUGUUCCCUUGGAUCCUUACUAACUAUGAAUGUCCUGAGCUGGAUCUCUCGCUGCCGUCCAACUACCGUGACCUGUCAAAGCCCAUCGGAGCCCUGAAUCCAUCGCGAAGGCAAUUUUUUGAGGAGCGGCAUUCAACCUGGGAACAUGAACAAAUUCCGCCUUUCCACUAUGGAACUCAUUUUUCCACCUCGGCAUUUACCCUCAACUGGCUCGUGCGAAUCGAACCAUUCACAACACUUUUCCUAAACCUGCAAGGUGGGAAGUUUGAUCAUGCGAACAGGAUGUUUUCGUCCAUGUCUCUGUCAUGGAAGAAUUGUCAGAGAGACACGUCAGAUGUUAAGGAACUGAUUCCUGAAUUCUUUUAUCUGCCUGAAAUGUUCGUAAAUGCCAACGAUUACAACCUCGGCUGUAGUGAGGAAGAUGCCCGGGACAUCGGAAAUGUGGAUUUACCGCCGUGGGCGAAAACUCCCGAAGAGUUUGUGCGACUGAAUAGAAUGGCGUUGGAGUCAGAAAUAGUCUCUUGUCAAUUGCAUCAAUGGAUCGACUUAAUUUUCGGCUACAAACAGCGAGGUCCGGAAGCUGUAAGAGCCACAAAUGUUUUCUACUACCUGACCUAUGAAGGUAGCGUGGAUUUUGACUCGAUAGGUGAUCCUGUGAUGCGUGAGGCGGUGGAAAACCAAAUCCGGAGCUUUGGGCAGACCCCGAGUCAGCUUUUACUGGAGCCACAUCCUCCUCGUGCAUCGGCGAUGACAAUUAGCCCGCUGAUGUUUGCGGCACCACCAGAUGAUGUAUGCAUGGUGCUGAAGUUCCAAAGCAAUAGUGCCAUUGUGCACCUUUCAGCCAACACAUUCCCACAGCUGCACAUGCCGUCCGUUGUUUCCGUCGCUCAGAAUCUUCACUUUUCUCUGAACAGAUGGAACCACAAUUACUCAGGUAACCAAGGAGGUGGUUUCGGAGACGCCGGAGGAGGCGGAGGAGGUGGGAAUGGAGGAUCCUCGGGGUCCAUAGUAGGAUCAUCAUCUGGUGGAAGUGGUGGUGGAGGAUCAGGAUCCGCUGGCUCAGACAGAGGAAAUACCAGUCAAUCCCAGCUGCUCAACUUGCCACUUAUCCUAGACCCUAUGUUGAACAUGAUUUCCGGUGGAUCUGCUCCUGGCUCCAGACGCCAUUUAGGCGAUAACUUCAGUCAGAGGGUCGGACUUAUUCGCUCAGCGCUGUUUCUCACCACGGUGGACUCGCGGUUCAUCAUAGCUGGCGGAUUUUGGGACAACUCGUUCCGCGUUUUCAGCGCAGACACCGGAAAGAUUGUGCAGAUCGUGUUUGGUCACUGGGGCGUCGUCACGUGUCUAGGACGAUCCGAGUGUAACGUUGUUUCUGACUGCUUCUUGGCUUCGGGCUCGGACGAUUGCACCAUUCGUCUCUGGCUUUGGAACGCCCGAGCUCAGUUGGUCACUUCUGGAGGAGGAACUGGAGACGGGAGUGGAGCAGGAGGAUUAGGGUUGCUUUCUGGUGGUAUGUCGUCGUCGGCGAAUGAUGGAGGUGGCAAUGGAAGUGUCGCCCCUGCUCCCAGAGCAGUGUUGACGGGACAUGAGUCGCCCAUCACGGCGCUGGUCAUUUCGGCCGAGCUUGGACUCGUUCUCUCGGGUUCUGCCGGCGGUCCUGUGUUGAUCCACACCAUCAACGGAGACCUGUUGCGUGCGCUGGUCAAGCCAGAUUCAUUCACAUCCCCGGACCUGAUCACUCUGUCCAAAGAAGGGGUUGUGGUUGUCAAGUAUGACGCAGGCAACCUUGCUGCGUAUACCCUGAAUGGUACAUUGUUGAGGUGGCACAGCCAGCCGGACCACGUGCACUCCGUUGUGCUUAGUAGAGAUGGCGAAUAUUUGCUGACUGGUGGCGAAGCAGGAGUGGCGCAAGUUUGGCGAACUUUCACUUUGGCGCCACUGUACGCGUAUCCUACAUGUGACUCACCUAUUCGGUCGUUGGCUUUGUCGCAUGACCAACGAUUCUUGCUCACUGGACUUAAUGCUGGCUCGAUAGUCCUGUUCAAUAUCGAUUUCAAUCGAUGGCACCACGAGUAUCAGGAUCACUUUUGAAGCUUGAGCGUGACGAACGAUCGAGAGCCACUCAUCACUUCGUGGAAGUGAUUUUUUUUCUUCUGGGGUGUGUCGCGAGAAUUGGAUGCCAAAUGCUGUUGUGAUAAGCGGAGGAUGAACACGUUAGAAAGUCGAGAGAGAUAAUAUUCUUUACGACUUUUGGGUGCCUAGUCGAGACAAAGAAAUUGCGGUGUAUGGUUCUUUCCUCUUCCUUUUUUUUGUUUUGAACUUCAAGACCAGUUGUGGAGAAGACCCUACGUUACUCUCUGGACUGAACGCAUUGCUCACCUCACGAAUUUUGUGCAUCUAUUUGAGUACGAGUUGUAGCUCUGGCAUUGCAGGAAUCGGCUGAGAAAAUAAUUUCGGGUGCUUCAGUCAGACGUUUCAACGGUCAGACUUGCCAACGGUUUGAUCCUUACAAGAAAGGAACUGUUAGCAAGAGAGUAACUGAAAAUGACUGUCGGUGAAGUCUCCUUUAAAUCUCACGAGUUACGACGUUUGAAUUGACUUUGCGGUUUUACACGCCCUUUUACGACGCUCUUCAUAUUUUUGUUAUUCCUGAUGGGUUGUGGGUGAAAUUCUGGUUGUUCUGAAAAUUUAUUUUCCAAGUUGUUCAUCUCUGUUUGAAACUGCUAGAUUACUUGAUGCGUGCGAAAUGUUGCUUUCUUGUUCGGCUGACGGUCCUUGUUAUUCAAUUCAACCUGUAUAACUUCAACCUGUGUGUUUGGGUUGUUGAUUUCAAAUUCCCUCGAGUUAUGGAUAUUACAUUGCGAAAAACGGUCAACAAAUCUUAAACAGUACCAACUCGUAGUUCUUCUUUACCCUAGUUAUGCGGGUUCUCUUGUGGAUUCGUUGCGAUUGAUUUUUGUAGAUCGCCCUGGGAAAUAUUGCGUGUUAUGUAAAAUGAUAUCCCCAGUCUAGUCGUAUUCUCUGGUGGUUUUGGUCAUAUGGAUUAUCAAGACUCAUCCAAAGCGUAUAAAACAGAAUUUCCAAGAUCCAAUUUUUUUGAUCUCAUGAUUGUGCAUCGAGAGAGAACGUUAUGCAGUAUAUAUAUAUAUAUAUAUAUUGUUCCACUGGGUAGGAGCUUUCACGGAUGCGUUUUCCACUAAUUUGCAGUGUACCCAGGAUUUCGCACAGCCACACUGGUUCGCUCAGAUGUUGCCUUGGUGCUGAAUCGGGGAUAAAUUCAAGUUUCCAGUAUGGAAGUGCAACCUGAUACAACGGAGGUAGUGAUGUUCUCGUGGCUGAGGGUGUAGCAAGGCACGGAGAAUUUUAUCUGAAAUUUUAUUAGAUUUCUAGUAGCGGAUUUUUGAUUGAAAAGAGAUAUACGAGACGCGAGCAUUCCAGGAAUCAAGAAGUCAAGUCCAUCCAUUCUGUCAUAGUGUGAAAGUGGGAAAAUGGCCCCUUUUGACAAUCGCUUCAUUUUUUGCGAAAUGGUCAUUUCAGAACGAAAAAAACGGCAUCCGUACGAAAAGCAAGGUCCCAUUUUGCUCACUUUGUCAGUUUUUCGUGGAAGCGCGUGUGGUUUUUUGUGUUUUUUGUUUUGCUUUGAGCAUUCCCAUUUUGCAACGGAGUGACGUUUUUUUCUGCCCUGUUCGCUCCUAUUUCGUGUGUGCGUUUGUUCAACACAGAGCUCCUGCUGGGUAUUCAAGCAAAUUUUAUUGGAUCGGAAGAGAUUGAAACAAUGGUGACGAGAAACCAUCCUGGGGA